AAUAAGAAGGUGAAAAGUAGAAAUUAAAAGAAAAAGUUGUGUACAUAUGUUCAUCUCAUUUUUCCCAUGUCUGUUAUCUCCAGGAUUUUAUAGGGUUUUCAGAGGAUCCAAUUACAACUUAGAAUAACAAAUGUUAAAAUACAAGCGUAAUGUUUGUAUGUUUACAAGUCAGGGAGAACAAAUGCCAACAUUUGUAAAGACAACUGAAGAAUGAAAAAGAAAAAAACAACAACCCUGAAAGCUAACACCAGGUAGUCCAUUUCUUUUAUACACUUACCUUCAUUUCUAAGCAAAAGAAUUUAGAGAAAAUGCUCGCCUAAAUUAGGCUUGUACUGUGAAUUUUAGUAUUCCCACUUUACAGGUGAAGAGUGGGAGAAGAAGGGAUGGAAAAGAAUUUUCUUUAACAGGUAUCAAUAUUGCUUGCAAACCUAAUUAAUUCUUCCCCUAUCAAAAAAAAAAGUUCAUUAAUUUCUAGCUCUUACUUUGUGCCUAAAAAUUUUGGUGCUAGGCUAAAACUGCUGUACCCUCACUCACCUAACAGAUGGAUCUCAUUUCUUCUUUGAUGUCAACCACACCAUCAUGUUUAUACACUGUUUUCCCUCUAGAAUACAUCACUGAUUUAAACAGGCAAGACAAAUCAGAAGCUUAAAGAAAAGCUUUUUUUCCUGGUAGCGUCUUGAUGUCAAUAAGUAUAAUAAUAUAAUGAUUACACGUCUGCUGUUCUUCACAUAUCCUCCAUCCCAAUUUCUACAUGCAUCACUCAGUGAAAUUAGGCUCUCCCUUUCACGAUAUAGAGGACAAGUUAGACCUAAUCUAAAAAAUAUCUUGUAAUUUGCUUACAGUAUCCUUGAUAUUUUGCUAACGAGUUCUGUAAUGUGCCCAAGGAUUCAUAAGCUACACUCGUGUAGUGGAAAUGCUAAGUCACAGCCUGAACCAGUGAUUGAGCACCUGGUGGGGAGGAAGGGCCAACCAGUGGAGCUCAGCUGCAUGCAAUGCUCCUGAGUGACCAGAAGGAUUGGAGCCAGGAUCUGGUCCUUCCCAGACCUCAUUUAAGGGUGGGCAGUGGAGGUGACAGCAUCUCUUGCUGGUGAUCCCUGUUUACCUAAGGCCCUCCAAAGAAUUGAACCUGGAGUUCUGCAGCAAACAGACCUCGCUGGGCCCGCAGCCACACAGCGAUGCACUGAAAUGAACACAGCAAGCACGAGCGCUUGCAUGAAGAUGCACCUACAGAAAAUACCUCAACUCGUACGAGCCUGGCAGGAACGGCAUAGGUGAAAACAGUUGUAAUUACUUCCACGCGGCGUUUUGCAUGAGCUCAAUUAGCCCAGUGUAACGUCUGAAAUGAGGGUGGAACGCGAACGCACGUGUGCGUACAGAGCGGGCAGCAAAAGCGCUCACGAACAGGUGGAACAACACGCAGGCAGGAAACCGAGAAUCGCAGCGGGUGCCGCCGAGGGAAGAGGCACCACUUCCUCACGGGCGCUGCCCUCGAAGCUCUCAGAGCCGCCUCUGGGGACAAAGCGGGCACCGCCGGCCCCCGAACUCACCCGGCCCCCGCACGCCGUCGCUCAGCCCCUUUACGCUUCGGAGCACCGCGCUCGCCGCAACCUGCCGGCCCGCCGCUCCGGCUCCCUGGGCGGCGCGCGGCUGCUCUCCCUGCGGCCGCGAGGCAGCCGGGCUCGGGACGGCUACGAAAGGCCGGGGGGUUUCAGCUGCCCUCGGCAGCGGCGGAGCCGAGCCCCAGAGACCCUCAGCACCAGGGGUUUGCCACGCACCGCCCUCCCCGAGUCAUCGCUGAGGGAAACAACGGGACUCUGGGAACACGGAGAUUCACAGAGGAGGAAACGCAGAGGGGAGCCGGGGGCUGAGGGGAGCGCUGCUGAGGGGAGCGCGCCGCUUUGCCCGCCCCGCCCGCGCGCCGCUUUGCCCGCGAGGGCACAGAGGUUCCCGGGCGGCAGCCGGCACUCUCCCGCCCCCACGCUCCCCUCCCUCCCCUCCCUCCAACUGUCACGUGCUCCGGGUGCCGCAAAGCAGCGCCGCUUUUGCGACAGGGUGACAGCCAAAUGGUGCGACAUCCGCGGCGGCAGCAGGAGCAGCAGCCGCGGCGGCCGAGCGCUGCCAGGGCCGAGCGCCGCGACAGGGCGGGGGAGCGCACGGCGGCACCUCACCGCACCGCGGCCCAGCGCCCGGCGCGACCCCCAUGAGCGGUAGGGGGGCGGCGGCGGCCCCUCCCGCGUCCCCCUGCCUCAGCGCCGAGCGCUCCCCCCGCCCCCGAUGCGCCCUUAGUCCCGGCCCCGGACCCGCCUCCCUCGCUCCCCUCCCCGGCGGCGGCGGCGGCGGCAGCGUCCAGGUGCGGACUUCAAACCCCAGCGCAAUGGCGUCCAACGCGGCCGAGAGGGAGAUCCUCUUCACCGAGCUGCAGGGGGAUGCCAAAAGUCUUCUGGUCUCUGAGAACCUGAGCACUGGCCAAAAGUUGGACUUUUCAGAUACAAUGGUACAGCAGAAGCUGGAUGAAAUAAAGGACCAAAUCAAGCGGGAAAUAAGGAAGGAACUUAAAAUCAAGGAGGGAGCUGAGAACCUCAGGAAGGUCACAACAGAUAAAAAGAACUUGGCAUAUGUGGACAACAUUUUGAAAAAGUCAAAUAAGAAGUUAGAAGAUCUGCAUCAUAAGUUACAGGAGUUAAACGCGCACAUUGUCGUAACGGAUCCAGAAGAUGUUACAGAUUGUCCUAGGACUCCUGAUACUCCAAAUAGCGAUCCUCGUUUUCCUACCAACAACAGAUUGAUGGCCUUAAAGAAGCAACUGGAUAUAGAACUGAAGGUGAAACAGGGAGCAGAAAAUAUGAUACAGAUGUACUCAAAUGGUUCUUCAAAGGAUCGAAAACUUCUUGCCACAGCUCAACAGAUGCUCCAAGACAGCAAGACAAAAAUAGAAGUCAUAAGGAUGCAGAUUCUUCAGGCAGUUCAGACCAAUGAAUUGGCUUUUGAUAAUGCAAAACCUGUGAUAAGCCCUCUUGAGCUCCGAAUGGAAGAACUACGGCAUCAUUUUAGGAUAGAAUAUGCUGUUGCAGAAGGUGCAAAGAAUGUGAUGAAAUUACUUGGAUCUGGGAAGGUUACCGACAGAAAGGCACUUUCAGAAGCACAAGCAAGAUUUAAUGAAUCAAGCCAGAAGUUGGACCUGUUAAAGUAUUCACUGGAACAGAGAUUGAAUGAACUUCCUAAAAACCAUCCCAAAAGUGGUAUUAUUAUAGAGGAGCUUUCAUUGGUCUCUUCACCCACGUUAAGUCCACGUCAAAGUGUAAUAUCUACUCAGAACCAAUACAGUACACUGUCCAAACCAGCAGCUUUAACAGGUACCCUGGAAGUUAGGCUAAUGGGCUGCCAAGACAUCUUAGAAAAUGUUCCUGGUCGAUCGAAAGCCACAUCAGUUACUCUACCUGGUUGGAGUCCAAAUGAAGUCAGAACAACUUUCAUGGGCAGAACCACUAAAGCUAAAGCUGGGAUUAGUAAAAACCUUCUGAAAACUGAUGACUUGUCCAAUGAAGUCUGUGCUGUACUGAAGCUGGAUAACACUGUGGUUGGUCAAACUAGCUGGAAACCUAUUUCCAAUCAGUCGUGGGAUCAGAAAUUUACACUGGAACUAGACAGGUCACGUGAAUUGGAAAUCUCAGUUUAUUGGCGUGACUGGAGAUCCCUGUGUGCAGUGAAGUUUCUGAGGCUGGAAGACUUCCUGGACAACCAACGGCAUGGCAUGUGUCUCUAUCUUGAACCCCAGGGCACUCUGUUUGCAGAGGUCACGUUUUUCAAUCCAGUUAUUGAAAGAAGACCAAAACUUCAGAGACAGAAGAAAAUUUUUUCAAAACAGCAAGGCAAAACAUUUCUCAGAGCUCCUCAAAUGAAUAUCAAUAUAGCCACUUGGGGAAGGCUGGUGAGAAGAGCUAUUCCUACAGUAAAUCACUCUGGCACCUUCAGCCCUCAAGCAUCAGUAUCUGCCGCAGUGCCAGUGGUUGAUGCGCGCAUUCCUGAACUGGCGCUGCCAGCCAGUGACUCUCCUGUAGCCAAAUUGGACUUUGAGCUGGAGCCUGAGCCUCCACCUGCUCCACCUCGUGCAUCUUCCCUUGGGGAAAUAUGUGAACCUUCCUCUGAGAUGAAAGCUCCUGAUAUGCCAGCUCAGGAUGAUGUAUCAACUUUUGAUUUUGAGAAUGGUAGAAAUAGUAUUGUUCCAAAACUCCAGCCUGGAAUAAUCUGUGAGUCUGAUGUUCCACAUUCAGACACAAAAUACACCAACAUUCGAGAACCUGAAGAUAGAAGAACACAACAAAGAUUUCAGUUCAGCCUGAAGGACUUCAGAUGUUGUGCAGUACUUGGCAGAGGACAUUUUGGAAAGGUGCUGCUGGCAGAAUACAAAAACACAAAUGAGAUGUUUGCUAUUAAAGCCUUAAAGAAAGGAGAUAUUGUCGCUCGUGAUGAAGUAGACAGCUUGAUGUGUGAAAAGCGAAUAUUUGAAACUGUGAAUAGUGUAAGACAUCCCUUCUUGGUGAAUCUUUUCGCUUGUUUCCAAACCAAAGAUCACGUUUGCUUUGUAAUGGAAUAUGCUGCUGGUGGGGAUCUGAUGAUGCACAUUCAUACUGAUGUCUUCUCUGAACCAAGAGCAGUAUUCUAUGCUGCAUGCGUUGUUCUUGGACUUCAGUAUUUACACGAACACAAAAUAGUUUAUAGAGAUUUGAAGUUGGAUAACUUAUUGCUGGACACAGAAGGCUUCGUGAAAAUAGCUGACUUUGGUCUUUGCAAAGAAGGAAUGGGAUUUGGAGACAGAACAAGCACAUUCUGUGGCACACCAGAAUUCCUUGCUCCAGAGGUGCUGACAGAAACUUCCUAUACGAGAGCUGUAGACUGGUGGGGUCUUGGUGUCCUUAUCUAUGAGAUGCUUGUGGGUGAGUCUCCUUUCCCUGGAGAUGAUGAAGAAGAAGUGUUUGACAGUAUUGUAAACGACGAAGUAAGAUAUCCACGAUUUCUGUCAACAGAAGCCAUCUCUAUAAUGAGACGGCUGCUACGAAGAAAUCCAGAGCGACGUCUUGGAGCUGGAGAGAAAGAUGCUGAGGAUGUAAAAAAGCAUCACUUCUUCCGGCUAAUAGACUGGAAUGCUUUACUGGCCAAGAAAGUGAAGCCUCCUUUUGUACCCACCAUUAGAGGAAGAGAAGAUGUUAGUAAUUUUGAUGAUGAAUUUACCUCUGAAGCACCUAUCCUCACUCCACCUCGGGAACCAAGGAUACUUUCAGAAGAAGAGCAGGAGAUGUUCAGAGAUUUUGAUUACAUUGCUGAUUGGUGUUAACUUCUAGACACUGUGAAAUCCUAGCUGACUGGCUCACAAGAAUGCCUCUCUCAGAAGAAUACCGCCCCUCCAAUUGCUCUCUGUGCCACCUGUAGCUUCUGUUUUGUUUUGGUUGGUUUUUUUUUUUUUUUUUUAAAUCACAUGAAGAUCCUUUUUAAGUACUGUUCUAACACUCUUGUGAAGAGUGGCCUCUUUGUAUAUUGUUUUUUAUCUGAGCACUGGAAAGCAGUUCUAUGGAGUUCGUAAGCUGAGUGGGUGAAUUCAGGCUGUACUGAGCUUAUCACACGUGGGCACACUUGGAUCUGUACUGUUUCUCUCACUCUUCUACAGCAGAUAACAUUUUUAAAGUAUCUGCCUUAGGUGGGAAAAGCAGACUUUGAGCUAGUAAUCACGUAAUGCUACUCAGCCACACAAAAUAGAAGUUUGUGAUACUGUUGAUGCUCACGCAGAACAUGGUUCUAGCUGGAGAAGGCAAAUGAUUUCAGUUAAAUAUCUUGUGUGGUCUGUAAAACUACACAUUUCUAUGUACACCUUCCUCUUGUGUUCUUAAAAUAAUGGUGUUGAGAACAGAUAAUGCCUUGUUUUAUAAAUUUUCUAUGGUAUUUAUUAGGAAAAAUGUUAAAUGCCUUGCCUUCGAGAUAACAACAGCAUAAGUGCUUCCAUGAAAAAUAAAAAUCCCAAAAAACCCAGGAAGUUUACCAAAGCCACUUGCCAAACAGUUUUGCCUUCAAGCUUUUUAAGUACGGCUUAAACCUCUGGUUGAAAAAAAAGAACGUAACAAGGAUGUUGCUCAGUCUAACCAUAAAGAGCAAAGCAUAUACAUCUCCCAAGCCCAACCACUUCUAUACUCAAACUCAUGCCUUUUCCACUCACCAAGUGGAGGAUAAGUUAACCAUUCUGUAUGUAACCACCCAGCUCAUCCUGUAUCUGCUGUACAAUAUCGUAUCACCAUUAGGAAACAUAAGGAUUUUCAAUGUAUACAUGCUGUGAACAUGUAUAUUUGGAAGUUGUAAUGUAUUCUUACGUCCAGGCAAGUAAUUUAAUUAUACCACUUCAUUAAUUUUGUACAGUGGCCAUGUGAACAACAUUGAACUUUGAGUAAAAAAAUAUUCAUAUGGGCCGCUGAAUUCCAGAACUUAGAUUGGCAGUUAGCAAGAGUAAAAGCAAUAUGUUGUAACAGAAUGUAUAAAUAUUUUUGAUAAAAAAACUGUAUAUUUUAUAAACCUCCUAACACUAAAAGCUGUACCUCAAAAGUUGAACAAUAAUUUAGACCUGACACUGUGUACUUGUUAUCCAAGACCUGUUGUGGUACCUGGUGUUUUGCAGGCAAACAUGAAUUCUUAGAAAAUAAAUUUCCCAUGUCACCCUUCAUUCUAGCACCAUUCAGAACUUGCGUAUUCAAUCUCACAGGUGUAUCCUGGCCAAGAGUUUGCUGUUGGUGGGCUAAGAUAGGGAGUAUCAGCACUGAAAUGAAUUAAAAGCUUGUAAUUGUAAUCAUGCAAAGCUAUAGUGGAAACCACUAGACAAGGAGGUGGUGGUUUAAAAUCACGAUGCUGGACAGACCUGCAGGGUCAGGCAGAGGAAAGGCAAUAGGGAACAACGGUUAAUUGUUCUAAACUGGGCUUCCCCCACCCCAGGAAGCAGGAAAGGCAUCUUUACCAACUCCAGAAAUCAUGUUAGGAGGAGUGAAUGAACUUUUCAGCAGUUUCCAGCUUAAGAAACAAAUUACGUUCCUGUAUCUAGCUGAAACUAAAUACUUUUGAGGUACAGUCAGCUUACCCCCUUGGUUUCCAAAUAUAUAUAUGAGCAUCUAACAGGGUGCUUAACAAUUAUGAAAGUAUCCUGAAAAAUACCUUUUGUAACUACAUCUUGUACAGAAAUCUCUUUUUUAAUCUAAGUACAUCUCUUAAAAAAUAGAGGGCAGGGUAUGUUCACCCAGUUAAGCUGAAAGAAAGCACUAAUUUUAUCUCUGUAGUUUUAAAAUAUUUUUAGGCAGAUUAAGAUUUUAAACCCUAGAUUGUAAAUAUAUUUUGCUAUACUUUAUCUGUAUGUGGCUGCUCAAGCACUUUGUAAGGAAAUUAGGAUAUUUUAGAAUGGUACACUAUGCAUUAAAAUGAAAUGUGCCUUUAACAAUGUCAUUUUAAGUGUUUUGCAGUCAUUAAUAUCACAAAUUAAAGUUUUAAAUAGAGUAAUUUGUAAA